CAGAGCAAAAUGAACAAAAAGUCCCACUGAAUCUGGAAGAGAAAGAGGUAUUUGAAGAUUCUAAAGUUGCCAUAUGUUGUAGUAAAUAUUUUUGCAGGCAGUUUGUAGAACAUUUGCUUAGAAGUGCAAAGUAUAGUUAAGGUUUCAUCCUUUUGUGUUUUGAUAAUACUUGAUUUUUCAGCUUCUUUUAGGCAAGUAAGUUUAGUCUGUAUUCAGAUGCAAUUCUGCAAGAGCAGGUGCAUGUAAAGUAAGUGUGAAACUUCCUCUUUUUCAUGAAAAAUAUUUUGAACCACAUGGGAAAGGAAAAAGUGGAGAUACUAAACAAUAACAAGAAACAACCAGGCAUUUUAUGGCAAACAUAUGGGAUCUGUAACUUCAGUGUUUAAGGGCCCUGUAUAUUUAUUUGGAAUUAUUUUAAAAUUGGAGUUCCAUAAAUUUUUUCCCUGUAGGUAAUGGUGAUAAUAUAGGUAAUAGCAAUUAGAUAAUAUCUACUAUAGCACAAAGAAGAAUGAUUCUGGCAUAAAUCUUUGUUUUCAGGAAUCACAGGUGUUACUGCUGUUCUGUGUUGGAUCAGAGCUGGAGCCUGUGCAGCUGAGGCACUGGGUGUGCAGUGAGUGACCCUGCAAAAUGCACUUUGUGUUCAACCAGCUGUGUCUCCUGAGAGAUGAUGCUGGUUCUGGGUUUGGAAUGUUGUGGUGAUACUUGGUGACUCAAACAUCGUUUGAAGAGCAGGUUGCACACAGGCCUUGAGUGCCCGGGUGCAGCCCUGUGAACGCAGCCCAGCACACAGUUCCUUCCUCAGGGUAAAUACCCAAACAGGAGGUGCUUCUUGUGUGUGCUGCAGGCUGAGUUUGUUUUGUGGUUUAAUACAGAGUUAAAUGAAGUGAUUAGCUGACUUGCCUCUCCCUUUAAUAUCACUUAAAAAUGGAGUGAUGUGUGAUCAGUUGGAGAUUCUGAACAGGGAGAUGGAAAGGUUCUUUCUUGCAGAACUACACCGUGGAAGGAGGCACUUUAAACUCAGUGACAGAAUCCCUGGAUAUAAUCCCUGAUUCAGGCAGUGGAGCAAAAUACCUGUUAGAGCAAGUACUCAGAGCCAUGAGAUACAGCACCAGGGUCUUUAUCAUUAGUGUGUUCUGUUCUUUUUUGCUGUUUAGUUUUUCCUUCUGUUCUUGGAGUGGUAGUGGUUGAUUGAGGUGCAGAAUGUACAUAAUCCCCUAUAGGAAAGACUCAGGGGGAGAACAAACACUGAUGUGAGUCUAGCUCUAUACUCCAAUUAGUACAAUUAGUAGUGUUUUCCAAUUAGUACAAUUAGAGUUUUUACUAAUUCUGCUCUGCCACAGUCGUGCAAAUCUUGAGAUUUAUAGUUCAUGAAAUAAAGUGAUCCACUGAUGAAAAUUGCAUUUGGGGAGGGUUUUGUCUUUUCCCCAUUCCUUAUUUUUUGGGACAGUCACAUUGGAGAACACCUAGAGGUGAUGAUUGAUUAGGGAAUAAAAAGUGAUUUUUGAAGAGCACAGAUGCUUUAGGAGUUGGGGGCUUCAGAGAUUUGUGGAAAAAAAAAAGGGUAUUGUUUAAAAAUCAAAGUUUGACUAUAUAUUGACGUGUCUGAGGGAUUAUCUAAUUUAUUUUAAAAUUUGUAUGUCUCCUCACCUGAAGUGUUAAUAACCAAUUUCUAUUCCUUUCAGAGAAUUAUUCUUGUUCUAGUUACUACACCUGCUGUGGCAGUUCCCCUGCAUCUUUCAUUGCAGAGUGCUGACUCACAGGGAGCCAGCAGGAAAAAGAGGAUUGAUAGCAUUUGGACCUGCUGACAACUCAGAGAUUGUGUGACACUUGUGAGUCAGGAAAUUCAGCAUGUGCUGGCUGGAGGAUGCUGAAUGACUCUGAUCUUGUGCUGCCCUCCUCUGGCUCAGCCCUUCAAGGAGAAACCAUCCGAGCCUCUGAUGCUGUGUCAGCAUUUCAGAGUGGGAACAGUUUUGCCUGUACUAUGGAACAAGCUGGAAACACAGUGCCAUUAGAGUCUGAAGCUAAUACUGACAACAUGGAAAACAGUUCUCCUGCAUCAGUGUUGGAUGAUAAAGGUGAGCAAAGCAAUGAGGAGGAGCAAAAGUCUGUCAAGCCAACAAGUAAAGAGUUCAGGAAAACCUGGGGGUUUCGGAGGACCACGAUUGCCAAGAGAGAGGGUGCAGGAGAUGCUGAUGUGGACGCCAGCGAGCAGCAGCCUCAGCAGCAGCAAGGCAUAAACCUCAGGAGGAGUGGGCGGCAGCCGAAGCGCACAGAGAGAGUGGAAGAGUUCCUGACCACGGUGAGGCGCAGGGGGAGGAGGAGUGUUCCCACUACCCUGGAGGACUCCAGUGAAGCAGCCUCUGGGCCAGCCACUGAUGCUGAAACUGCUUCUGAAGACAGUGUUGAGAGCACUCCAGAUACAAAACCUGUCACUAGGAGGAUUUGCACCAGGAGUUGUAAGGAGCAAAAAAGCGCUAAAAGCAGACCCACAAAAGAGGAAGAGGAAGAAGAAGAGGAGGAGGAGGAAGAGGAAGAGGCUACUUCUGAUAGUGACAGCGAUGGGUUAACACUAAAGGAGCUGCAGAAUCGGCUAAGAAAGAAACGUGUUGAGCAGAAUCCUCCUCAGCUGGUGUUGAAGGAUGUGCAGAACCACCUGAGGAAAAGGAAUUCAGAAAAAGAUCCUGCCAAAACAGAUGAUGUCACACCUGAAAAACAGGGUGAGUCUGAGCUGCCUGUCAAACAGGAGCCUGAGACUGCAGACAGCACUGAGAUUGCAAGUCAGGUGGUUGUGUCUGAGGAGGACACUGAAGAUCUGGAGGCUCAGAAGGAAGAGAAGCCUGCCCUUGGUGCAAAGGGGGCCUCAGAUGAGGAACCUGAAGAACAGCCCAAAAGCAAACCCGAGUCUGAGAUCUACGACCCAAACGCCCUGUACUGUAUUUGUCGUCAGCCUCAUAACAACAGGUUUAUGAUUUGUUGUGAUAGAUGUGAGGAGUGGUUUCAUGGCGACUGCGUGGGUAUUUCUGAGGCUCGAGGGCGAUUGUUGGAGAGGAAUGGUGAGGACUAUAUCUGUCCAAACUGCACCAUUCUCCAGGGACAGGAUGAGCCUGUUUCAGAACUAGACCAGCAGGAAGCUAAAGUGGAGCAAGGAAAUGCGGAUGGCACAGAAUUCACAAGCAUAGGAACAAUUGAACAAAAAUCAGUUGAGGACCAAGGAAUCAAGGGUAGGAUUGAAAAAGCUGCAAAUCCAAGUGGAAAGAAAAAACUAAAGAUAUUUCAACCUGUAAUUGAAGCUCCUGGUGCUUCCAAGUGCAUCGGCCCUGGCUGUUUCAACGUGGCCCAGCCCGACUCCGUGUACUGCAGCAACGACUGCAUCCUCAAACACGCUGCUGCCACCAUGAAGAUCUUGAGCUCUGGCAAGGAUGCAAAACCAAAACCUAAAGAGAAGAUCAAACCAAAAUCUGAAAAGCCUGGCAUACCAAAACCUCAGCAGCAGGUGGGCAUCAAACCAGUUUCAAACCAAAAGAGACAGUUGCCUGAGAAAAGAGAGGUGAAUGUGAAGAAGACUGUUGUGAGCACAGCCAAGACUGAGGCCAACACCCAAGCUCCUGCUCGAGAGCCAGCGGCAGAACCCGUCACGCCGUCCUGGGCCAGCGAUCAUAAUUACAAUGCUGUAAAGCCUGAAAGGACUGCUGCCAUUUCACCUGCACUGUUGUUCAAAUGUAUGUAUGGCUUAGGGAUAUUCCUGAAUAAUCAUAUUUUCUUUGAGUACCCAUCCAUUCUUGACUCUGCAAAACUAGGGAGUUUAGGAUUUGGGGGUUUUUUCUUACUGUGGCACCAAGCUACUUUUCUCCACCUUCAAAGAUUCACACACAGAUACACACAAAUGAGAGACACUUUCAGGAGUUUCAUUUGUAUCAUAUGACAGUUGUAUGAUUAAGAGCCUGUUGAUCUGCCCGGCUGAUUUCUGGAUGAAAACUACAUGGUUAAGCUUGAAAUCUUUCCCAUAAAGAAAGUGUCUGUUUCUAAUCUAGAAGGUAAGUAUUGAAACAUUUGUGUUAAAUUUUACAAAAAGGUUGUGCAGUGUGCACUGUGAAUCAGCAAUUGCCUGUACUAAUUUCAAUUGUAUUUUUGUAAUUUAGAUUUGGCACCUGUCUCUCAGGUCUUGCAUUUUCAGUGCCUGGUGCCGAGAGUGAAAUCUUCAACGUGGUAUCCAACGAUACUUGACACCUCUGCAAACAGCUUUUACCUGUCAAGUAUUCUCCUGCUGCUUUUCUUUCUUACAUGAAAUAACUUAAGGACCAUCCUUUACUUUUAUGCUGGGGGGGAGGCAGAACUCUAUUAUCUUUAUUUUCCUUUUUAUUUUUCCCCUUUCUCUGUUCAUAUUCCACACAUUAUCCACACACACAAGAGCACAUCUCAGCUGGAUGUUGGGCAGGGAUACUGCCUUGCAUAUUUUUGCAGGUUUUGAGUAGCAUCCUUGUAAUUCAUGCGAAGGUAAGUAAAUACUGCUUUGAAGCCUGAACAAGUCUUUUUGCUUAUGACAUUUUUUUUGAUUGACUCACUCUGAGUAGUUUUAUAAUGCAGUUGUGGAACUUGAGAUGAAAUCUGACAUUUCAGUUACAAACCACGUGACCUCCGCUUUCUCAUUUGAAGAAUAAUGAAUCAGAAAUUCAGUUCUCACAGCUUUUGUGACCACACUUCAGCCAAUUUACAUUUUAUUUUGAUAAGUAAACCUAAUUAUUGAACACUUACAUGUAAAGUAACUGAUAACUUUAUAAAUAAUAUUUAAGGUGAGAUUUUCUAGUUGAAGCUUUUAAGCACUGAGGGAACACCAGCUACCCUAAAUUGCUGUUGAUGAAUAGCACAUACCAGGUAUAUUUUAAUGGUCUUUGCCCACAUCAAGUUAAAUGGUUGUAAUUUUUCUCUGUGUAUUUUUGCUGCAUAUUGGGCCCUUGACCUUUUGUAUAGUUACUCCCUUAAGAUAUGUAUUUUAAUUAACUGCCAUACUUUUUAGAUUAUUUUAAAGAAAAUUUAGCUUUUUUGUCAGAAACAGAAGUGUUUUAAACAUAUCUAAAAUUAGUGGAAAGACAUAAAUGAAACUAGAAGGGCUUAUUUUGCAUUGGAUUUUUCUGACUGUAACAGUUACGAGUGUCCAUAGAACUAUUUCACUUAAAAUGCCCUUAUUCCUGUAGGGUUUGUUUUUUCCUAAGAGACAGGAAUACAGGUUUUGAGGCAGAAGGUUUGAGGGUUUUUUCAAGGGAGUUUGCUCUUAAGAUUUACCACACUAUAGGUUUUACAGAUUUAACUACUUCCAGUAGAAAGUUGGAUUCCUGCAGCUAAAUAGUGCAAUUGAUUCUAAAACAUUGUAAAUACCAUUCUUUAGCAACAAAUAGAGAACAGCCUAGUUCGUGUGAUGAACAACUCUCAUAUCAAAUGCAAGGAAGAACUUCAGAUUUUUUUUUUUAAGGUAAGUUGCAUUGAUAUGUGGGAACUCUGCCAUUACUAAAUGCCCAGAUAAAUUGUUUGUGUAUUUGGGGACAAACGUGUCCUGUUUUUGAGUGGAUAGGUGUGAGCUGUAAUCUUCCUGAGAAGCUGCCAAUGCACCAUCUGCUAAAGUACUCUACCAGAUUUUAUUUCUUUAAGAAAUCUUUAUAUGGUGUUCAAAACCUAAGAGUUGCAGCAUUAGGGGAAUUUGUGAGCGUCUCUUCACUUCAGGUAUCUAAGAGUGAGAAGUCUCAAGCCUGAGCUGGUCAUGGAAGACAUGUUUAUUGGACCAAACAUAGUCUGGUUUAGAUGCAAAUCUUCAAACCAAGCAACUCCGACUUUAGAAUUCUGCAUUGCUGAACAUUGAUUAUGAAGGACUUGUAGUCCAGAAGCGGCAAAGGACUUCCAAAUGCAGUUUUUAAGAAU